CGACUGGCACCAGCUCGCCCGCAAGGCCACAAAGACCCACCCUGGCACUUCCGCCCGCACCGACAGGCCCGACAGCAACUCGGCCACAAGCUCGAGCGCGCUGCCCUCCUCCUCGACCAGCGCGACCACGACGCCGACAAAGCGUCUUCCGCACCGGGCGCGUCCACCAACGACGACGACGGCGACGCCGCUGCCAUCGCCGCAGACGCCGACAGCGAUGACGAGCACGCCGACCUCGCAACCGCCGACCCGUUCACGCGCCACUUUGGGCCAGACUCGGCCCUCGUGCGCGGCAAGGACAAGGCCCAGCUCGAGCUCGAACACGAGUCGCACCGCAAGCGCUCCAAGGGCGUCCUACCCGGCGUUGGCGAGGCGCAGGUGCUCUGGCCCGAGGCCGUCGGCGAGGAUGUGGCGAGGGUCAAGCCUCUCGACGAGGCGCUCAAGACGUACAACCCGAAGCUGCUCGACAAGAUGCGCUCGUCGUCCGCUCGCACUUCGAUCCCGCCGUCCCAGUCGGCCUGGCUCCGCACCCUGUCGACCUACCAGGACGUCCUGUGCCCGCGAGUCGUUGUCGGCAGCGACGAGCACGAGGCCAUCCGCGAGGCGUCGGCGCUGCACGCCAUGAACCACGUCCUCAA